AUGUUUUCAAAUUUAUCUCCACAAAAACCAACUAAUUCAAUCACCACCCAAAGUUCAAUGAAUUAUCAUAAUCAACAACAAGAUUCAAGAAAAAGACAAAACAAAAGAGAUGAUGCUAUAAGAAGAAGAAUUGAACAUGAUUUAAAUAAAAAGAAAAAAAAUGGUGGGAAAAUAACAAGACAUAAAAAGGCAAUUCCUGGUACUGUAUUAUCAUUAAAACCAAGUGAUCCAAUUAUAUGUAAAACUACUGCAACAGUUUAUGAAGUUUCACAAAUGAUGACUGCAAGAAGAGAAAAUUGUGUUUUAGUUGUAAAUGAUAUUGGAGAAUUAUUGGGAAUUUUUACUGCAAAAGAUUUAGCAUUUAGAAUUGUUGGUUCAGGUUUAAAUGCAAAUUCAGUUACAAUUGAUCAAAUUAUGACAUCUGAUCCAAUAUGUGCUAUAGCAAAUAAUCCUGCAUCUGAAGCCUUAACAAUGAUGGUUGAAAAGGGUUUUAGACAUUUACCUGUAUUAGAUAAUGAUCAUCAAAUAGUUGGUGUUUUAGAUAUAACAAAAUGUUAUGCUCAACAAAUGGAAAAAUUAGAAAGAAUGCAUGCAAGUUCAAAGAAAUUAUAUGAAGCUUUAGAUUCAGUUCAUACGGAAAUUGGAAUGAAAGAUCAACCACAACAUAUUUUCCAAUAUUUUGAAACUUUGAAAAGUAAAAUGAAUGGUCCAACAUUAGAUAAUGUAUUAGAUUUUUCAACUGAACCAAUUUAUACAAAUGUUAAAGCUUCAGUAUAUGACGCAACAGUAUUAAUGAAGGAAAAUAAAACUACUGCUGUAUUAGUUAAAGAUACAAAUGAAGAAGUUGCGGGGAUUUUUACUUCAAAAGAUGUUGUUUUGAGAGUUAUUGCUGCUGGUUUAGAUCCAAAGAAAUGUUCAAUUGUAAGAGUUAUGACUCCUCAACCAGAUGUUGCUCAUAUAAACCUACCUAUUCAACAAGCUUUAAGACAAAUGUUUGAAGGUCACUAUCUUAACUUACCAGUAGUUGGAGAUGAUGAUGAUAUAGUUGGAAUUGUUGAUGUAUUGAAAUUAACUUAUGCAACUUUAAAUCAAAUCAAACAAUUAGAAGCAAAAGAGUUACCAAUAUCAUUAGACAAUACAACACCAAAUAAUGAAGGACCAGCAUGGAAUAAAUUUUGGACUUCAUUAGAUGAUUCAGAGUCUGCUCAUUCAGAUUCUUUAAUGGAUGAAAGUGGUGCAGCUAGUAGUGGGGUUCCUGAAAUAACACCAUCCGAAUUUCAAUCUUUUAAUGUUGAUAUAAAACCAUCAGAUUCAAUAUCAUAUGUUGAUUCAUUAAAAGGUAAAGAACCAGAAGAAGAAGUUUCAUUUAUUUUCAAAUUUAGAUCUCCAGCAAUUGAAGGUAGAGUUCAUCGUAUUACAUUAAAAGCAAGUGAUGGAAUUGAAAAAUUAAGAGACUUAAUAAAUUCGAAAUUAAAUGAAAAAGAUUAUCAAAUUACUGGAGAAGAAUUUGCUAUAAGUUAUAUUGAUGAUGAAGGAGAUAUUGUUUCAAUAACUUCAGACAAUGAUUUGGUUGAAUGUAUUCGAAUAAAUUUAAAACUACAAAAUGAAAAAGCGGAUUUAUAUUUACACAAUCCUAAUAAUCAUGCAUCAAUUGAUGAAAUCAAACCACUUAAAAAAGUCAAUAAAACCAGUAAUUCGAUAAUACCUGGUAUUGCUAAUGAAAUAUUAAUACCCGGUGUAUUAGCAGUUUUGACAUCUUCAAUAAUUGUUGGUAUAACAUUAAGUAGAAAGAUUAAAUAA